AUGCCAGAUGUUAUUCCCAGACAAUUCUCCAGCAAUUACGUGCCAAGGCCUGGAUGCGGUGGCCACUGCCCAAAGGCAGCCAGGGCUGUGGGAGCCCUUGCCUGGAAGAUGGGCAGUAUUCUUAUGCGCUGGCACCUGCCACACUGGAAAGAGCAUUGGUCUUCUCUAACACUGUUCCAACUGUCUAAGUACCGCCAGCAAGGAAUCCAGGUUUCUAAUUCUGCUUCUGAGGAGAUCCAGACAUGGCCACCCUCCCACACCCACCCAACUGUUGACUCGCGUCCAAGACCACCACCAUCACCCACCCCAACAUUCUCUCCCAGGAACUGGCCUCCCCCCCCAGUCCCCGCCCCUCUUCUGAGAGCACCCAAUGGGUGGAGCCGGGGCGGCGGUGGGCGGGGCCUGAGGCAGGCCCAUUUAAAGAAAGGCAGAGGGCGAAAGGAGGCGAGAGAGGAGAAGAAAGAGAAACCUGGGGGUGAGGCGCCGUCCAAUGACAAAGCCCAGGGGUGGGCGCCGGCCGCCAUCUUGAUCCGGGCGGCCCAAGCUCCGCGGCGUCCUCCACCCUCGGAGGGGGAGGGGCGGCGGCCGGGCGAGAAAAGUAGCGAGAGACGCGCGGCGCGAGAGGCGCCCCCUGGGCGGAGCUUCGGCCGCCGAAGGGACAAGUGUCAGUCGAGUGUUUACAGAACCGGCCGGGACCGCGUCCCCCAGUGCACUUUACGCGCGGAGGAGUUCCCGGCGCUUGGCCCGCGCCCCGGGACGCGGCCGCCUGCGGGACAGGUGCGCUCUCCGCGCGCCCCGCACGCCGCGGACCAGGACACGGCUGGACCCGCGCGGGGCGCCCCUCGCCUCCGAUCCCCGCUUGGACGCGUCUCCAGGACUUAGGGGUCAGAUCCGUUUCUCCCUUUGGACUCUACCUCACUGGUCUGGAAGUCCUCCGAAGAAGUCGUUCUUUUCCAAAGGAAUUUUUUCCGUGCUUGUGUAAUAAAGCCAGGAUUCGCUUGCUCUUUACCCCCUUCCCCUCCCCCUGCCGCACUGCCACCCCUCUUUCCGGACGGAAGAUCGAACAUGUUUUGUGGUGUUGCACUAGUCUGUGCUCAGGGUAUUCUGAAUCCGACCCGCUUUCCUAAUUUUUACUGGAUUCCAAAGCUUUGACCGAGGAUGUUUUUUAAGAGGUUCAAGCUUAUGACUGUUAGUAAUGCAAGGAUCUGUACGUUUUUUGAGUUUCAUGGGCUCAGCGAUUACAAAGAGAUGCAAAGUGCAACUGUUGAAAUAUUUAGAAAGUGUUCCGGAGAUUUUUAUUUUGAAAAUUAGUGUUCUAUUUACUGAGCUCCAAAAGAAAAUGGUAGAACGCUCACAUAAAGUUUUGUUUAGGAAAAGUUGACUUGUUAAAUUCUUUUUAAUUGAAUAAAAAUUGAAGUGCAUUGAAACCACACGGCUUGUGAUUUUAAAAAAUGAGUAAAUUGUGAAGAACUGGUAUUGGUUACAGGAAUGCCUGGAAUCCAAUUUGGAGGUACUUUGGCCUCAUGUCCUGGUCUAACCUACAAAUCCAGCGAUGCUAAGGGAGGAUAAUUUAUUUUAAAAUGGAAGUUAUAUAGGAGAGGUCAAUGUGUGUCAACAGUGUGAAUAAGAUGGUAAACAGAAUACCCAUUAGAAUUCCCGGAACUGUUACGUAAUGAUCUAUGGGGGUAGGGGCAUUUCUUGGUAUCAAAUAACAGGUUAAAGUUAUUUUGGGCAAAGUGGAUCUCUUUUAUUUCUUUGUUUUUGUUUUUGGAUAACAAGAAAUGCCUGGGCUAGUUAAUAUUCAUUGCCUUUAUAAACAUCUUGACAGUUUUUGUCGUGUGAAUUUUCUUUUUUAAUCUUUCGUAAAUACGUUUGCAGUCUUUGUUUGACAGGUGAAGGCCGCAGGAAUCACACAGGCCAGCCACACAGAGUACUGACCCUUUUUGUACACUUUUAGACGUAUGUAUAUAGCAUAUGGCCCAGUAUGGAGCUGAUUAUCCAAGUGCCUUGGUUGUUGGUGGCAGCAAGACUUAACGGAUUUUAGCCAGUGGUGCCACAGCCAGCUUUUAUUGCAAUACCUAAAGGGUUAAGUGUUUUUGUAUCACUGUUAUUUCAAAUUUAAGUAUUCUGCCAUGGAACCAUCCAUGCUGGGCUGGAACUUGACAUGUGAAAUCCUCCAUACUAAGGAUUAUCUCUCCUUGGCAGCUGCUUAGGAGAAUGAUGAGUUGCAAUUUUGACUUUUGUGUUCCUAGAAUUCAAAUGGCAUAGCUUUCUAAAAUGAUUAUUUUAAGUUUAAUAGUCCAUAGUAGCAGUGUUGUGACUAAUUUCAGUGUUCUUGUUUUGUAAAAAUCUGAUAUAUAUUCGUAUAUAUUUGACUUUAUGCCAGUUUCCUAAUAAGCCUCAGAGUCUUAUUUACUACUCAAUGGUAAUACAUUGCUACAAACACUGUCAAUGAGUAAGAAAAAGAAUAAUUACUUAGGACAUGGAGAGUAUUAAAUUAUAGUUGUGUAAUAGGAAGCGGAGAUAUACUCUCGGUUAUUAGCUUCCAUUACCAAUUGUAAUUCAGAAACAAAGGCUUUUCUUCCCAAAAAUAUAUUGUUAACUUUUAUAGCUAACUAGCAUCUGAAAAAAUGUAUUUGUACCACUUCACUAUUGUAUAUAGUUUUAUAAUAAUUAAAAAACAAAUCCAAUGGCCAUAGUAGAAUGUAAUUUCAACAUAUAGCUUAUCUAGAUAGUUCUGCAAAGGAUUUUGAAAUAGUUUUAGCUGAGAGAAAAACUCCUCAGAACACAACUGAAAACAACCAGUGACGUCAUGCAUUUAUUUUAGGUGACGUUCUUGACAUUUUGUUCUCUUAUGCCUUGUUACUUUGGUGCACUUGAACUUACAUAAAUGCUUCUUUAGCUUCUGUGGGCUAUCGGAUUACACGUUGAAUCUGAUUGCCCAUCCUAAGUUCUAUGUGGUUCAUGGACUAUUAAAAAUUAUGCCAUUUCUAGUUUGUGAAGAUGUAAAAAUAUCUUUAUUUUUGCCAAGUUUUCUUUAGCAAAACCUAUGUCACAACGUCUAAAAUGUGAAGAAGCAUAGUGGAUUAGUAUAUUAAUAGGCAAGUAAAAGUAUUUUAUGAGUAUCUUCGGGCCAAAUGUGAAAAGAAACUUGGCAUAGUGGCCUUCAUAAUGAGGCAUCUACUUACUGUCCUCUAAAAGUCUGUAGUUUAGCUUGUGUAUAGCUUUUUAAAGAAGUCUCAUGACCUUUAUUUGUUCUCUUGCCUUCUCUUACAUUUCAUAUGGCACAUGUAGAGUGGGAAGCUGGGAGGAAAUUUAUCACCUUGGUAUUCUUUUAUUUAAUUUUUGACUUGAAUGCCUAAACGUGGUGAGUGACAACUCAGAUAACCUUUUGAGAUUCCCAGUGUCCUUUUUACCCUCUCUGACAACCAGCAACUCAUUUUUGUGUUAUAAAAACCAGUGACAUGAUUGUUGAGGGCAAGCUUCAUUGUUGAUGGUGCAAAGUGUUGCUGUUGUGAUGUGUAUUUAUUUUGUCUAAGUUUGAGUAUCCCUAUUGGACAAGUGUAACUUAAGUUGGUGGCUGGUACUUUUGGUUGGCUAUGUGCAAAUGAUAAUACUAUUUUUCAGAAAACUCUUCAAUAAAAAAUAUUUGAAUCCAAAACUACAACAAUUUUGAACUCAAGUUUUUUUGUUGUUUUAAGGGUUGCCACAGUUCUCUUUAAAUUGGUGAUUUUUAAUGGACAUACAUACCUAACAUUUAUUCAUGAUUUUAAAAUUUUUUUCGAUAAACUGUUUUGUCUUAAGUGCAUUAGAAAGCAGUUGUUUGUAAUGGAACUGAAGUGUUUUCCUGGACAGUCUAUGUGCAUAUAAUUAAGAUUUACAAUUUAGUUGUACUUUGUUUUUUAACUUAUUAAUUGUAAAUAAAUUUAGAGAAUACA